CCCUCGGAAGCUCAGUGCUGCAGCUAGAGCCACUCGCCUGUGCAACACCCGAUCACCACCAUGACCGACGCAGCAAUCUCCUUCGCCAAGGACUUCUUGGCCGGCGGUGUGGCCGCUGCCAUCUCUAAGACUGCUGUAGCACCUAUUGAAAGAGUCAAGCUGCUGCUGCAAGUCCAACAUGCAAGCAAACAAAUCACAGCCGAUAAGCAGUACAAAGGAAUCAUGGACUGCGUUGUCCGUAUCCCCAAAGAACAAGGCUUCGUGUCCUUCUGGCGUGGUAACCUUGCCAAUGUGAUCCGAUAUUUCCCAACCCAGGCCCUCAACUUUGCUUUCAAGGACAAGUACAAGAAGGUCUUCCUCGAUGGAGUUGACAAGAGGACCCAGUUCUGGCGCUACUUUGCUGGAAACCUGGCAUCCGGUGGUGCUGCUGGUGCAACCUCCCUGUACUUUGUCUACCCACUUGACUUUGCCAGAACCCGUCUAGCUGCUGAUGUGGGCAAGGCUGGUGCUGAUAGAGAAUUCAAGGGUCUUGGCGAUUGCUUGGCGAAGAUUUUCAGAUCCGAUGGGCUAAAGGGCCUGUACCAGGGCUUUAAUGUGUCCGUCCAGGGCAUCAUCAUUUACAGAGCUGCCUACUUUGGCAUCUACGACACAGCUAAAGGUAUGCUUCCAGAUCCCAAGAACACACACAUUGUCGUCAGCUGGAUGAUCGCUCAGUCAGUAACAGCAGUGGCCGGCUUUGCCUCCUACCCAUUCGACACAGUCCGUCGUCGUAUGAUGAUGCAGUCUGGAAGGAAAGGAGCUGAUAUCAUGUACAGCGGCACAAUUGACUGCUGGAAGAAGAUUGCACGCGAUGAAGGUUCAAAGGCUUUCUUCAAGGGUGCUUGGUCCAACGUGCUGAGAGGAAUGGGUGGCGCUUUUGUGCUAGUGUUGUACGAUGAGCUGAAGAAAGUCAUCUAAAUGUCCCCAUGUCUGUCACCUGGCAUGCUGUAAAAUGUAACAUACCCUGAGCGUUCAUGGACUUUCUAUUUUUUUUUUUU